UUUUUCAUCACUUAAAAAACAUGUUAUGAUCACCAAAACAAUAUUAGCAAUAUGCGAUUUUCCAAAAUCAUGCAUCACAUUAGUAGAGAUGAAUCCCUCUCAAAGUGAUUAAUGUUGAGGGAUGAAGAUAUCUCCAAUACUGCAAUAACUGGAUUCAACACUGUAAUAGUAGAAUCCAUACCCACUUGACCUGAGUUGGCUAAAACAAUAGGGCCUUCAUGGUUUUGAUCUAACUGAUACUUUUAUAGCCAUCAUCACUUUCCACUUGACUCCAUCAUGGGGUCUGCUAUGAGUAAUAAAAAAGGAUCUCCAUAUCAUUGUGAAAAUUUCAAGUCCCACAUGCAAUGGGGAAAUUUGGUGAAAUCUCUCUCUUUCCCUAAAGAUUGAAAUUGAGACAUAUUGGCAUUACUUUGGUCGAAACAUUGAGUUUCACUUGAAAUGUCAAAGUAGUACAAUGCUUAAGAAAAUUUCCCAAAGUCCCACUCAUGUCAUGUGAAACAGCUCGAAAUGUGUCAACUAGGAAAAAAUGAGAAAAUUGGGGAAAUUUAACUCACCACCUAUUUUGAACCAAACUUCACUAUAGAAAAGUGUGUUUCCACAGCAUUUAAGUCUUCUAUAUUAUUAUUAUUAAAAAAAAAAAAAAGAAGAAGAAGAUUUGCACUGUAUUAGGGGAGACUUGAAGGGAAUUUAGGCUUUUGUUCAUUGGUAGAAAUAAGGACUAAAAUUAAGUAUGAUAAGAAUGGAAUUUCAAUGUAGUUGAAUAAUGAACGGUUUUGCCUUUCUUGAAAUUUUUUGGAGAGGGAGAAAUAACAAUAUUUUCCUCAUUUAUGAUUUAACAACAAAUAGAUAAUUAACAUGUCAUUAUGAUAAAAUACAGCAUAUUAUAUCAUAAAGUUAGUUAUUAUCUACUCUAUUCUACUCAUGAAAAUCGAUUUAUUUUACUUUUAAUCUUUUAAGGCUCUGUGUGGUGCAAGGGAAACUUAAAGGGAGCGGAAGUGAAGAUUUCAAAUUUAAGAAGAAACAUUUGUAAUUAUUACCAUAUGUGAUUGUAUAAACUACUUAAAUUUCCUACCAUAUUUAGUAAUGAUACGUUUUGUGCAUGUAAUUUUUAUUUUGCAUUUUAUAGUGAAGGGUUUUGAAUGCAAAGUAAAGUGAAGUUUAAUAACCAAAUAUGAAAUGAUUUGGAGUUAGUGAUCUAGUCACAUGGGGUGAUGAUUACAAUUUUUUUAAGUUUGAAAAUUUCACUUUCCUUCCCUUUAAUUCCCCUUGCAACCAAACGGAGCCUAAGUAAUUAUUUAUUUUUAUCGAUUAGAUAAAAGAAAGUAUUUUUUGGAAUAGUAUCAAUCAUAUAUGGUUCAGCUCGACCGCAGGAUGGUUGUAAAUCAGGCUGAUUAUAAAUCAGGAAAACUACUGUGCUAACGCCUCUAUUAGGUUGUUCUGGCACGUGCCUUACUCAAAUAUGGGGCAGAAGGACUUGAUUCUUUGCUUCUGGCGAAGGAAUUUUUCGUUGAUUGCACGAGCUAGCUUGCAAACUAUGGCUCUAUUGUUUAAUUAUCAUGGCGUGUGAUAUACAUCUUAUACUUGUGUAAAAUAGACUAUAUUGGUGAAAAAAGCAACAAACCAUUGACUAAGGUUUUGAAACCAUAAAGCCAUUUGGAAUGGUUUCAUUGUGUAUCUAAUUACUACUAGAUGUGUACUUUUGCUUAAAUAAGCAUCUCUAAACUAUCAAUGUAAAAUAUGAAGAUUUCCCCACAAUUUUCCUCGUUUAUAUUAAUUUUACCAAAUUUCCCCGUAUUUCCCUGAUUUUGAGGUAAUAUUCUCUUUCCCCAACGGUCAAAAUCAGCUUCCUAGGCGAAGUAGAUGAAAGAACAAAUAAUUGAAGUUCUUUUUCUGGAUGGGAUCCUCCACCUUAAUUCGGUGUCAAUAUUUGAUCAGAGUAGACAAUCUGGAUUGUCAAAACCAUCUGAACUUUAGCUUGGAGUCUAUCUAAAGGUACAUCAUGUGGAUGAUCUGGACCAAUCACCAUGCUUUAACAUGCCCACAAAUUUAUAGGUGCUGUGAGCAAGGUCUGAACUGUUGGUUUCAAUCAAAUUUUCAUGGGGCAAGUAGCUAGUUAUAUAGUAGACGUAGUUUUAGUUUCUUCAUUAUAGCUAUUUGGUAAUAUGUCUCUUUGUAGCCAUCUUGUGAAGCUUCUUAUGGUGUUGAGUACUUCUGGAUAUGUAGUUUUAAAUUAAUGACAUGUUUCAGGCUGGAGACUGGUCUGCCUGCAAGGGUAAAACCAUUUGGUGUUGAAGUUCGUAAUGUGAAAUGUGUGAGAUGUGGGAAUUAUGGUCACCAAAGUGGUGAUCGUGAAUGUCCCUUGAAGGAUGCAAUAAUGCCAAAUGAGGAGAGUCGAUUAAAACGAGAUGAUCCCUUGACAGCAAUCAUGGCCCACAUUGAUCCUAGUGAGCCUUUAAAAUGGGAGUUAAAGCAAAAACCAGGUUUAAGUCCUCCUCGAGGUGGAUUCAAGCCAGAUGACCCCAACCAGCAGAUAGUUGCUGAAGACAUAUUUGACGAGUAUGGAGGGUUCCUUGGCGAUGGGAACAUACCCGAGUUGCUCACUAAUUUUUCAGUAAGUAACUCUAGGAGGCAUUCCAGAAAAAAGAGCAGGCACAAGAGCCGAUCAUCUGUGAUAGUUGAUGAUUUCAAGGCUCAUCAUGAGAGCAGAUCAUCAUCAACGUCCAGCUUGGAUUCUGAUAUGGAAAGGAGGUUGAAGAAAAAGAAGAAGAUGAAAGAAAAGAAACAGCAUAGGACAGAAAAGCAACAUCUUUCUGCUAUGAGUCCAUCAGACACCUCCAACUCUGAUUGGCAUGAUAGGAGAAGCAAAGACAACUGCUCUAGUUCGAGUUUGUAUGGGAGUUCUGACACUGAUAGGCAUCACAGAAGAACCAAGCAACACCAUCAUGGUCAUCGUCACCGCCGUCAUCAUCGUCGUCAUCGUACUGAUUUGAAAUCCUUUGAUUAGAGGUGGAUUACUUGGUUCAUUUGACCAUGUUUUUAUUUUCCAUGGUGUCUUUCUUGCAACCACCAUGACUGGUCAGAAGGGUAAAUCUCAUGCAACCCACUUGCAUCAAGUGGCUUAUCAUGGGUGAUGCAACCCUGGGUUGCAAAAACCUUCAUUUUGGUUGUCGUUAUGGGGCCACCCAAAUGGAUAAAAGUCCAAAUAUAAGGGAGGAGUGGCGAUUUCAUAAUUUCACAAACACAGUUAAAGACCUUUUUAGAAGGAAGAAAGAACUACAGCACAUGGGUAAAUAAUUUUAGAUGGAACGACGAACAUGGAAUUUCAACGAGUAUGGUUAUAAAAUAGAUAUAAAUUUAGAAUAGGCAAAAGAAUUGUAUCAAAAAAAAAAAAAAAAAGACUGUUCAAUUUCAUUUGUCAUACUCUUUGGAUAAUAUUGCGGAUGAAGAUGUUUUGGAAGGUGUGGAAUUUUAUAUGGCAUUUGAAAUUACAUCCAAA